CGCUUUUUUCUUCAUACAUACAUGUACCCAGAUACACAUGUUCAGUAAUUGCGUCAUUUUCUAGGUUAUGUAGCUGUCAAAAUCAGAUAUGUACCUUUCGGCAAGACCUAUAUGAACAGGUACGUUGUCUAUCCUGAUUGUUAAAUUCCGGAAUCUGUUGUCUAUUGGCUCUGUGUUACGUACAUGGAUCUCAAAUAAUUGAUCUCACGUUUUGCAAUUGCGCCUUGGACCUCCUGCCGCCGUAAGGUCAUAUCUAGAGUACGUAUCUUUCAUCCCGGGUCCGCGGCACACAUUCCACCGACGACAUCCGCGACCCUGUAACGAAAUCGGGUCAUGACAAAUACAAUUCGCCAUAUCCAUUACGCCUUAGUAAAAAACACUAUAAAAUACUGAUACCCCACCAGUCCAUAGAUAACAACAUUGAUUUAACUACAUAACCUAGCGACUUUCAUGUUUCUUAUCCGCCGACUUUUCUCUGCAUCUAUAUCGCCGCAAGCCAUGGCCGAAGCUAAGACCAAAGCUCAGAGUAUCAUCGAUGAGAAUGCCGUCGCGGUGUUCUCUAAAUCGUAUUGCCCCUACUGCAGCGCCUCGAAGCGCCUUCUCGACAGCCUAGGUGCCAAGUACAAGUUGGUAGAGUUGGACGAGGUGCCCGAUGGCCCUGCUAUCCAAGAUGCGAUCCAGGAGAUUUCGGGCCAGCGCACUGUCCCUAACAUCUGGAUCGGAAAGAAACACAUCGGUGGCAACUCAGACUUGCAGGCUAAAUCUGGCGAACUGAAGAGUCUGCUUACCGAGGUUGGCGCUUUGUGACUAAAUAAUUCCCGAUCUAAGUUAUGAAGGGCUAUAAGAUGACGCCACAAGUCCUCGGGUGUCUUACGACUAGGAACAGAGAAAGGAUUCGUCAUGUUUGGUAUUCGAGAAUAUGCGUCUAAACAUGUCCUUCUGACGGGGUGGAUCGGGACAUAAAUAAGCAAUGAUGAUAAACUUACUUGUAAAUCAGACAUCUUAUAGAUAGCCAUUGUUAUUAGCUAGAGUACUGCUCUAUGAUUAAAUAUAGGUCGGUUUAUAUGAAA